AUGUCCAAAGCGCAUCAAACGAUACCCGGAACCGAAAUUUACGGCCCAGGCACCUUCAUCGACAAGGAAGUUCUUCCAGUGCCCGAAGAUGCUCAUCGGGUAUUCGAAUAUCUGGCUUCUAGCACACCUGGCUUCACGCAGAACAAAGCAGCAUGGGAUACAGUUCGGUUCGAAGGCAAAGCAGAGCCUAUGGUCCCGGGACCCAUCAAGUCUCCCGUGGUCUCAGCUGCAUUGCAUGCCAUGGCAGGCCUGGUUGGAAAUGAACUGCUAGAGCUUCGAGACGGAACGAAGGUGGUUGACAACAAAGUGACGGUGGACACAGACCACGCCGGCAUCUGGCUUGGUUCUGUGUUCACCACAUACAUCAACGACUCGGACGUUUCAGCCAUCGCACGUUCGGGUAAAAUGGGAUCACUCUUUGCCAGAGACAUGGAGCAGGGAUUCGGCAAGGGAAUUGCGGGUCGCACCACGGCGAUCUAUCAAACAAAGGAUCCUAAAGUGUGGUACCAGCUUCAUGGUUCCCUGGAUGCCAGAAAGACACUUGAAACCAUGGGAAUUAAUGCCGAUGUCACCUUCGACACGGCACAGGGCUACUAUGAUUAUAUCCAAAGUCAUGUCAUUCAGUGGAGCCCCGAUGAGCUUGAAAUGCAUAACGUGCGUCAUGGCCUCUGUGGAAGCAUUUGCUAUUCGCCGGAUGGUUGGAGAAAGACCGAGUUCGGAAAGCAAUUGUCCAAACACCCGCUAGUAAAUGUCACCGAGGCGACAUACGCGAGGCCCACACCUCAGGUCCCCAUGCCUAAAAAGGCAUCUGAUCGCCGACCACUUGCUGGAAUCAAGGUAUUGGAAAUGGUGCGGAUCAUUGCUGGUCCCCAAGCGGGCGUUACUCUGUCCUCUUAUGGAGCCGAUGUGAUUCGAGUUAACUGCAGUCGAUUGGCUGAUCUGAAUGUUCUGCAACUUACACUGAACGCCGGAAAGCGCACGGUUGAUCUUGAUAUCACAAAGUCGGAGGAUAUUGCACUUUUACAGGGACUGAUCGCAGACGUCGAUAUCUUUAUUCAGGGAUUCAGAUGGGGCUCACUUGGCAGAAAGGGCCUUGGUCUCCAUGAUCUCCUGAAGAUAGCAGCCGACAGGAACAAGGGAAUCAUUUAUGUCGAUGAGAACUGCUAUGGACCGGAUGGUCCAUUUGCGGAGCGUCCUGGUUGGCAACAAAUUGGAGAUGCUGCAUCAGGAAGUUCGUAUGUGAUGGGUCGAUCGCAAGGUCACAAGGAGGGAAAGAGCGUGCUGCCCCCACUACCUGUCUCAGACAUGCUUACUGGAAUUAUCGGCGCACUGGGUGCAAUGAUUGCAGUACGAGAACGUGCUGUCAAGGGUGGCUCUUACCACAUCGUAACAUCCCUUGUAGCUGCCGAUGCCAUUUCUCUGGAGAAAGAAGUAGGAUUAUACCCACCUACUCUCGUUCGGAAAACAGAAGAAAAGUUCGGAUUUCCUCCAAUCACACCCGAUCAGUUCGUUUCUGAGGUUCUGAUCUCAGUCGUUGAUGGCUGGAAGAAGGGACUCCCCGGAUAUCUGGACGAGGACUCAGAACUCAUGAUGACAUUUGAGGAUGGUUAUUGGGGUCGUCUAUCGCUUCUGAAGCCUGUUGCGCGACUCGGAAUCCAGGAAGCCACACCGAAAUGGACCUCGGCCCCGGUACCAAACUGCCACCACGAGCGGGGAAUCGACUGGGCUUAA